CGCCAGGUCCUUUCAUUUAUAGCUCAAUUAUUAUUAAUUAUUAAAUGUUCUACACCAGGGGCAUGAAUCAUGGUUAAAGAAAAGAAGAAUAUGCCUCUGACACUAACGCCGUUUGGGCCUAUCAUACUCCCUCUGCUGGUUAAACAUGGGACUGAGAUUAAAGUGAGUAAACUAGAACAUCACAAUGAUGUCAGCCCCCCCACCGUAAUUUAACCCCUUGUUACCAUGGUGACCUGGACGUCAUCUCUGUUGUUCAAGUGCCCCCCCCAUCUCCCUCUCCUCCCCCCUCUCCCUCCAUCAUGUCCUCCGGUAACAGACGGGUCUUCUUCUCGGUCUCCGGUGUCCUCGGUCUGUGCUGCGCGCUCACGGCGGCUGUGGUGACGGGUCUUCCUCUGUGGAUCCGCGGGACCGCGCUGUGCCGAACCGGGGCCGAGCUGGUGAACGCGACCGGACCCGAACUGGACAAGUUCCUGGGAGAGCUGAGCUACGGACUGUUCACCGGACAGCGGCUGAAACAGUGCGGCCUGGGGGGGCGGGCGUCCCGCUUCUACUUCUUUCCAGAGCUGCAGAGCGUCGUCCCCACAGCGCUCCACGUCACCAUCAUCUUCUUCUGUGGCGUGGUCGUCCUCUUCUCCUCCGUGGCCACCGGCUUCUUCUUUGUCAACGCCUUCGGACGACCCUACGAGAUGCUGCAAGGCCCCAUGGGACUUUACCUGUGGACCUUCAUCUGCUGUGUGAGCAGCGGCCUGGUGAUGAUCCUGUUUGCCUCGGAGGUGAAACUUUACCAUCUCUCUGAUCGGAUCGCAAACUUCAACGAGGUCAACUUCGUCUUCCAGACGCACAGCGAGCGCUACGACCGGUGCUUCUGGCUCUUCUUCCUCGUCUUCCUCCUCCACGGAAUCAACUUCCUGCUCAUCCGACUGGCAGGGAUCCAGUUUCCCUUCAGGGAAACCAAAGAGUCGGACGGGAGCGGGGGGGCGGACCUCAUGUACUGACGGAACCUUAAGAAAACCAGAAACUGAACCAGAGUCUGUAUGAGUCCACAUGAAGAUAGAGACACAUCCAAUAGAAACGUCACGGUAGCCCCCCCCCCCC